AUGAAAGAAAUACUCCAAGAACAACCCCAAAUAACAGCUCAACCCCAGACACCUCAGUAUAACAUAGCAGAAGAUCUUUUGAAUCAAUGUUCAAAUGCUACCUAUGUCCAAAUGUUGCAAAUAUCAAAACAAUAUAAAAAUCUUACUCAACCAUUACACUGCCCAAUAAUCCUAAUAGCAAAAACCAAUUUGAUAGAUUCUAAACCAAACUUCAGAACUACUGCUACUAAAUAUUAUAUUCAGAUUAAAAACAACUCAAUUUUAGUGAUUUUAGAUUCAGGUGCUGCUGUGAGUAUUUUAUCCAAGAAGUUAAUAGAUAAACUGAGAUUAAAAAUCGAGGAGCCAUUAAAUGCCAUUGUUGUUAUCACCAAUAGAAGUAGAGAGCAGGCCUUAGAGAAAAUAGAGAAUGUGAGAUUAGCUGUCAGAAGUAUACUAGUCCCACCAGCUUUCAAUAAUUGA